AUGAAAAUGAAUAAAUAGUAAAUUAUAUCAUCAUUAUUAGAGUAAUAAAAUAUAGAGGAAGGAUAAAAAAAAUAAUAGGAGUUUUAAGAAAGAAUGCUUUGAAUAAGUAAUUUAAAUGAAUAGAAUGAUAGACAAUGGUUAGAUUUAUGA